UUCUCCUAUUCUCUAUAUGUCGCUGUCAAACGUAUGAGUGCAUGCGAAACAGCGAUUUAUUAAAACAGCGAAAUCAUUCCCCUUGACAUUAUUUGUGACUGAUUGUUAUAUUCUACUAAAAUGGAAGCUUCAAUUAAAGUCACGCCUCACAUGCCAGAUAACUUUAAUAAGUUCACCGGACAUGUUGCUCCGCUAGAUGAAAGCUGUACUGCUCAACUACAGACAAUCCAUCCACUGAAACAAUCUGAGAUUAAUUAUGAUCAGCACAGACAGAACCUAAAGCUUCAGAUGCUCCGCAAUCGGGAAGGUCUGGCUGCUCCAUUAAAACUUACGAUGGAGCUCAAAUCGAUGUCUAAAGUUGGACAUUUACCAUUCUUACCCUCCACGAAUGUUGGGCGGGAUGUUUUGACUGGACGAGACGAGCUGUUAGACUUUACCGAUGUUUUUAACGUAGAAGAAAAUACGGAAAUUUUGCGUCAACCUCACGCUGUCAUGGAGAAACAUCUCGGCAUUCUAUGAGUUCGGAAAAAAGCUUUCAGGGUGUAAUUCUUUGUCUAUGGAAUAAAAUUAUCAUUUAUAAAUUUGGGAUACACUUAAUAA